AUGGACUCGAGAAGAAAUAUACCACCAGCAUACGACGAACGAUUGCGUCGUGGGCCAUUACCUCCUCCACACCGCCUGAGGGAACAAAUCCCUCUUGCCGUGGUUUUAGAGGAGAAAUUGGCUUCGCAGGCGGCCGAGAUAGAAAGACUUGCUAGGGACAACCGUACACUAGCGUCCAGCCAUUUAGCCCUGAGGCAGGAUCUUGUGGCCGCAAAGAGGGAGGCAGGUAAAUUCAGAGAAAACAUUCGGAGUAUCCAAAAUGAAGGGGAUAUCGAAAUUCAAAUUUUGUUGGACAAGAUUGCAAAACUGGAAGAUGAUAUCAGGUCAGGGGAGAAUUUGAAGAAGGAACUUGAGGUGGCACAGGAUGAAGAGAGGGACUUGAGGACAGAAAAGUUGGAGUUGAUUGCUAGAAUUCAGCAGGCUAAUAUAGAAUUGGAGAAUGCCCGUGCGAAUGUUGACAAACUUCCAGAAAUGAACGCGCAGCUUGAGGGCUUGAGGAAGGAGCACAAGAGGCUAUGCAAGAGAUUUGAAUACGAGAAAGAUUUGAACACGAAGAAAGUGGAGGAAAUGAAGAUUUUGGAGAAAGACCUGAUUGCUAUAGUUGAAGAAGUAGAAAGAUUACGAGUGGAGCUAAUAAAUGCCAAGACGAGGGCUAUAGUUCCAAUCCAGCAAACUCUGUACAUAAACUCAGACAAUUCGUAUCCACCUACUUUUCACGGAAAAAGCAGCUGUCCAGACAACUUUGGUGGGCCUCAUCAUCAGACGAUUAAUGGACCCACAAUGGAGGGGACGAACCCAUAUGCUGCUGUUGGUGGAUUUGUGGUCGGGCCUCAAAUUAUUAAUGGCCCGGUGGUCGGAGAUUCUUCUGUUAAUCCUGCAUGGGGAAAUGUUUGA